AUCCCAUUUUGCCCACAAAAUUUCUCCCCAUUAAUUUUCCAACUCUCAAACCAAAAUGGCUGAUCUCCUCAAGAUGAUCUCCCUCUCCCUCCUUUUUUUCUUGACUUCUUCCACUAUAUUCACCUCCUCUAUCGCUCAAGACUCGCCUCAAGACUUCGUCGACGCCCACAACGCUGCUCGUGCCCAAGUUGGCGUCGGACCUGUCAGUUGGGAUGAAACUGUAGCGAACUACGCACAACAAUAUGCCAACCAACACAUCAACGACUGCCAAAUGGUACACUCUAACGGGCCGUAUGGGGAGAAUCUUGCUUGGAGCUCAGCUGAUUUGUCAGGUACCAAUGCAGUUCAAAUGUGGGUGAAUGAGAAACAAUUCUAUGAUUAUGCCUCAAACUCGUGCGUCGGCAGUGAGUGUCGCCACUACACUCAGGUGGUGUGGAAGAACUCUGUAAAAAUUGGAUGCGCAAAAGUGGAAUGCAAUAACAAUGGUGGCACCUUCAUCACUUGCAACUAUGAUCCUAGUGGCAAUUAUGUAAACCAAAGGCCAUACUAAGUGAGCAUUUACGAACUAAAAUUAUGUCCAAGAGUCAAUAAAAUUAAAGAAGCUUUUGAAAAAAGGGUAGUAGUAGGCCUUGGGUCGUCAUCUUAUAUGGCUCUUUGUUUUUGUUUUACAACCUUGGGGCUAUGAGCAUAAUUAAGUUCAUCUUAUUUGCAUGCUGAUCUCCUAAGUCCUAUGCAUGUUGUUGUUUGUUUCUAUUGGUUUGAUAACCAUUUGGUUUUUCUUAAAAAAAAUUGUGUUUCUUGUUGAAA